AGUCUGGAGCAAGGAGUCUGUUAGGAAGGCUCAUAAUGAAAGCCUGGGGCACUGUGGUGGUGACCCUGACUGUGCUGAUUGUUGCCACUGUGGAUGCCAAGAUCUAUGAACGAUGCGACCUGGCAGUGAAGCUGGAGGAGGCAGGCCUCAAUGGCUUCCAAGGCUACAGCAUUGGAGACUGGCUGUGCCUGGCACAUUAUGUGAGUGGCUUUGACACCUCUGUCGUGGACCACAAUCUUGACGGCAGCAAUCAAUAUGGCAUUUUCCAGCUGAACUCCGCCUGGUGGUGUGACAAUGGUGUUACACCCACCAAGAACCUCUGUUCCAUGGACUGUCAUGACCUUCUCAACCGCCAUAUUCUGGAUGACAUCAUGUGUGCCAAGAAGGUCGUGUCCUCACGGGACGGUAUGAAUGCCUGGGGUUCUUGGACCCAGCAUUGUCAAGGCCGUGAUUUAUCUGAAUGGCUCAAGGGGUGUAAUAUGCAUGCAAAACCGAACACAAAGAGAAUGACUUCAUGA